CGAGCCACUCGGAGCCAUGCAAGCAGGAGGGAGGCUGGAUCGGCUCUUUCGCUCCAGAAUGUGGCUGGGAUUGUUGCUGGCUCUUCUGGGAGAAGGGACAUUGGCAGGCAAGAUGAUCUUUCUUCACCGGGAAAGAGACGUGUCUCUGAAAUGUUCUCAGUCUACUGAUGGCCAAUCCACUGACUGGUUCACCAUCGAAUCCAACAGUAUCAGUUAUUCCAACUGCGAUCUCAGAGUGAGAGACCCAAAGCGCCCAGACCCCAUCGACGGUCAGUGCGGGACCAUUACCCGCCUCCAUGUGCCUUCUGACAGAGGAGGGAUGUUCGCUUGCAAACUGCAUGAUUCCGCCUCCCCGGUGCAAAAGCCAUUUUUCUCCAAUCGAUCCACCUGCGACAUGUUUGAUUUCUUCCUGGUGGCGAUCCUCAACAGAAGUGCAGAGGCCAUGAUCUUCAGGAACCAAGUGCUCCAGUCAGAGACAAUCUCAGUUAAAGAAGACAGCACCGUGUCCUUCCGGUGUGAAUUUGAAAUGAUCAUCAAGGACAACAUCCCUUUUACUGUUUACUGGGUAAAAGAUUCACUGCCCAGCACGUGUCUGAAUUAUUUAACGAUGGAUCAGUACGUCUUUCAUUUCAACCAGCACUGCUGCUUUGGAGAGGAGACGGAAGGCAGAUUCGAAUACAGGAACGACUCAAGUCCGAAAGACAGUGCUCAGAAACACCGCCUCAUCCUCGCUAACGUCAGCGCCUCUGACAGUGGGAUGUACGUGUGCGUCGUCAGCGCCUCGUACUCGGGUAAAGUCGUCUGGAAAGUGGCUGGUAACACAACGCUGAUGGUGACUAGAGUGUGGGCCAGCCAAGAGAGACAGACAGGCUCCUACGUGUGGUGGUUGGUACCGGUUGCCAUGGCCGGCGCAGCGGGGAUCCUGGCCACCAUCGGGCUGGUCUGGUGUUUGCGAGCAAAAGACCGCAAGCUCGAAGAACCGCUGUCCACCCCGCAGCCAAGGGACAUCCCCGACCCUGCCUCGGUGGAGGAGAUCGCACCCUAUGGGACCAGUCACAUGCCUUUCCUGUCGCCCAAGGAUGAGCCCCUGUAUUCGUACGUGGCCAAACCAAGAACACCUGCAGUUUAUUACUUCAUCGGCAACAGCCAGGACACGGCCCUGAGGCCCGCAGGAGAUCGGGCCCAGCCGGGCAACCGAACCGUCAGCGGUUGGGGGCAGAGACCAGAUUCUGCCCCGGGUGCCAGAGCGGUGGAGAAAGACCAGUGGGAUUGACAAUGGAUUGACAGUGAGAGUGAACAACUUGGAGCGACAGUGAGAAUGACACUGGAUCGACAGUGGGAUUGACAUUGGGUUGACAAUGGAUCGAUAGUGAGAGUGACCUUGGAAUGACAAUUGAUUGACAACGGAUCGACAGAUCUCAUAAAUCUAAUCAGUCCUCUUC